UGGUGCUGUGUGCCCAGGCAAGGUGAUGGACAGCAGAGCAGAGAUGGAGGUUGUGAGGAGCACCAAGGGGAGUGCCCCUGGGGAGGUCAGCGUCCAUGUGGUCACCACUGAGAGCACUGUGCAGAGCACCCACUUGCCAACAACUGCCUUCAUCAUACCAGCCAACGCCACAACCAUCAACCUUCCCAGCAGCGCCCUGGAGAUCCAGCGCUUCCCCCGCGAGCCACAGCGGAGCACGGGGGCCGAGAGGCCCGAGAGGGGAGCAGGGGGUGAGCCCAUCACAGCUGCUGUCAUCCCCCAGAUCAGUGGGGUGCAGGCCUGCAGCACUGUCCGUGUGCUGGAGUGGAAGGACGGGGUGGCCACGCUGCCCGGCAGCAACCUGCGGUUUCGAAUCAACGAGUAUGGGACGCUGAAGGUGGUGAGUGCUGACAAGAUGCCUGCAGUGGAAGCUGUGAAGGAAGGUCACAGAGAGAAGGAUGAGGACUCAGAGGUGGCCCCCAGCAGCAGGGACAACGCCUCUGUGGCUCAGGAUGUGCCCGAGCAGAGCAAGGUGCCAGCGGCGGAGGGGCUGUGCCACUGCGACACCUGUGGGCGCAGACAGGCGCUGGACGUGGCCCGGGAGGGCAGGGGCUUCUGCAGCGAGCACUGCCACCAGCAGUUCAAGGAAAGGUCUGUCAUCGUGGAGAACUCUGCCAGCAGCACCAUUGCCACUGAGAUCCUCAAGCCAGUGAAGAAACGAAAGAGGAAGGACUACCAGAGCCCCUCAGAGGAGGAAUAUGAAUCUGAGCAGAUGGAGGAAAAACAGGAGGAGAGGAAGACCUCAGCAGGAGACUCUGCCCUCAGCAACCCGGAGCCCGAGGCGUGGAACGGGAGCCAGCACGGUGCCAGUGAGGAGAAGAAAGAAGGCUGGUCUUGGGCGUCCUACCUGGAGGAGCAGAAAGCUGUGGCUGCCCCUUUAGAUCUCUUCCAGGAUUAUCAAGUAGCUUCCCAGCACAAGAAUGGCUUUAAAGUGGGGAUGAAGCUGGAGGGGAUUGAUCCACAGCACCCAUCCAUGUACUUCAUCCUGACAGUGGCUGAGGUGUGUGGCUACCGGAUGCGCCUCCACUUCGACGGCUACUCCGAGUGCCACGACUUCUGGCUCAAUGCUGACUCCCCUGACAUCCACCCUGCUGGCUGGUUUGAGGAGACAGGCCACAAACUCCAGCCCCCCAAGGGGGUUGUAGGUUAUAAGGAAGAAGAAUUCAGCUGGACAAACUACCUGAAGAUAACAAAGGCUCAGGCAGCUCCUAAGCAUCUCUUUGUGGUCCGAAACACACACCAGGUCUCCCCAGGCUUCGAGGUGGGCAUGAAGCUGGAGGCCGUGGACCGCAUGAACCCCUCGCUGAUCUGCGUGGCCACGGUGACCGACGUGGUGCAGAACCGCUUCCUGGUGCACUUCGACAACUGGGACGACACCUAUGACUACUGGUGUGACCCCAGCAGUCCAUACAUCCACCCCGUGGGAUGGUGUCAGGAGCACGGCAAACCCCUCACACCUCCUCAAGAUUAUCCUGACCCUGACAACUUCACCUGGGAAAAGUACCUGAAGGAGACAGGAGCAUCUGCUGUGCCAGCCUGGGCCUUCAAAGUGCGCCCACCCCAUGGCUUCCUGGUCAACAUGAAGCUGGAGGCCGUGGACAGGAGGACUCCGUCCUUCAUCCGGGUGGCCAGCGUGGAGGACGUGGAAGACCACAGGAUCAAGAUCCACUUUGAUGGCUGGAGCCACAUCUAUGACUUCUGGAUCGACGUGGAUCACCCAGACAUCCACCCCAUAGGCUGGUGCUCAAAAACAGGGCACCCACUGCAGCCCCCUCUCAGGCCGAAGGAAGCAGCCUCCUCUGCCCAUGGGGGCUGCCCAACACUGGGCUGCAAGAGCAUCCCUCACACCAAGAGCUCCAAGUACAGCUUUCACCACAGGAAGUGCCCCACGCCGGGCUGCGACGGCUCGGGCCACGUCACCGGCAGGUUCACAGCCCACUACUGCCUCUCGGGCUGCCCCCUGGCCGAGAAGAACCAGGGCAGGCUGAAGGCAGAGCUGUCCGACAGCGAGGCGCCCAGCCGCAAGAGGAACCUGCUGGCCUUCCCCCAGCGCAAGAAGUCUCGGCACCACGGCAGGGGGCGACCCCCCAAGUACCGGAAGAUCCAGCAGGAAGACUUCCAGACCAUUGCUUCAGACAACAUGCACCAGUCCCUCUUCAUGUCUGCCCUGUCCGCCCACCCUGACCGCUCCCUGGCGCUCUGCUGGGAGCAGCACUGCAAGCUGCUGCCAGGGGUGGCUGGCAUCACAGCAACCACCGUGGCCAAGUGGACCAUCGAUGAGGUCUUUAGCUUUGUUCAGACUCUGACGGGGUGUGAGGACCAAGCCAAGCUCUUCAAGGACGAGAUGAUCGACGGUGAGGCCUUCCUGCUGCUGACCCAGGCUGACAUCGUCAAGAUCAUGAGUGUCAAGCUGGGCCCCGCUCUCAAGAUCUACAAUGCCAUCCUCAUGUUCAAGAACGCUGAUGACAGCUUGAAGUGACUCCUGCCGGCCUGAGGGGCAUCCUCCCUGCCUG